GCUGACGCUCUGCAUAGUAUUGGGUUGACCCAGUUGGUAGCGACGCCGCUGUACUUCGGUUGUCGGGAGUGGUACUAUGCGUGGAUCGCUGUCGCGAAGCAACAGUUCGGCUUGACGAUAACGAGUAUCACGCACUGGUGGGCGCCUGUCAAAGUACGAGUCAGCGGCGACCGAAGUGUCAGAGGGCAGCUGCGACAAAGAGAAGACGGCACUUUGCAGUGCGACUUUCCAAAACGAAUCGUCCUGAUCGCCAACCAUCAACUAUACACGGACUGGACGUACUUGUGGUGGGCUGCCUACAGCUCCUCCAGGCACGGCACACUUUGCAUUGUUCUGAAAGAUUCGAUCAAGUACAUCCCUGUGCUUGGCACAGGCAUGAUGCUGUACGGCUUCAUCUUCCUUACGAGAGAUUGGAAAAAAGAUAAGGCGAAGUUCCAGCAUCGACUGCGCCAGCUCAACGGCGUCAGCUGUAGAUGGAUGUCGGGAACACAGGCCCUGCGUCCUGUGUGGUUGCUCAUAUUUCCAGAAGGGACGAACUUGUGCGCAGGCGCAAGGUCAUCCAGCACAAGGUGGGCCAAUAGAAACAACAUCACAGAUCUGCGGCACACUUUGUUGCCUCGCAGUACCGGCCUCCGAUUCUGCCUUUCGGAAUUACGAAGUACGAUAGACUACAUGUACGACUGUACGGUCGCGUAUGAAGGCGUUCCUCAAGGACACUACGGCGAAGACGUUUUCACGCUGCGAUCGACCUACCUCAGCGGCCAACCACCACGCUGCGUUCACAUGCACUGGCGGCGCUUUGCUGUAGAAGACAUCCCCACUGGAGACAGCAAAGCUUUCAGCGAUUGGUUGCUCGCGCGAUGGCGGGAGAAAGACGAUCUGCUCGAUUACUACGGCAGAAAUGGUCGAUUCCCUUCCGAUGAAGAGGAUGUCAUGCUCGACACAAACGGAAACAAAGCAGCGGCGGUGGCGACGAUGGCGGUGGGUAACGGGUACAUUGACACCACUGUGCGCCUGCGCAGCACCCUUGAAUUGCUUCAGCUCGUCGGGCCUUUAUUGUCGCUUUCGAUCGCAUGCUUUCUUGUUUUUAUGUGCACAAGCAGAGAUGCGGUACAGAUAGCGCACGGCGAUUCUCCGCCCUGGUCCGACGCACGGCUUUGA